AUGGCCGACGCUUUACUUGCAAUCGUGAUUGAAAAUCUCGGACAUUUUGUUCGAGAUGAGCUUGCAUCCUUUUUGGGUGUUGGAGAAUUGACCGAGAAGCUGCGUGGAAAACUCAGAUUAAUCCGUGCUGUCCUAAAAGAUGCUGAAAAAAAGCAAAUAACAAACGAUGCCGUGAAAGAGUGGCUACAGCAACUCGGUGAUUCUGCUUAUGUACUUGAUGAUAUAUUGGAUGAAUGUUCAAUAACCUUAAAACCACACGGAGACGACAAGUGCAUCACUAGUUUCCAUCCUGUGAAGAUUUUGGCUUGUCGCAACAUUGGAAAGAGGAUGAAGGAGGUUGCUAAAAGGAUUGAUGAUAUUGCUGAAGAAAGGAACAAAUUUGGAUUUCAACGAGUGGGAGUCACGGAGGAGCAUCAACGAGGAGAUGAUGAAUGGCGCCAAACUAUUUCUACUGUCACCGAACCGAAAGUAUAUGGAAGAGACAAAGAUAAAGAACAGAUUGUAGAGUUUCUUCUAAAUGCCAGCGAAAGUGAAGAACUCUUUGUCUGUUCCAUUGUUGGUGUUGGCGGACAAGGAAAAACAACACUCGCUCAAAUGGUCUACAAUGAUGAAAGGGUAAAAACACAUUUUGACUUGAAAAUAUGGGUGUGUGUUUCGGAUGAUUUCAGUUUGAUGAAAAUUUUAGAGUCCAUCAUAGAAAACACCAUUGGAAAAAACCUAGAUCUCUUGUCUUUAGAGUCAAGGAAAAAAAAGGUUCAAGAUAUUUUGCAAAACAAAAGGUAUUUGCUUGUUCUUGAUGAUGUUUGGAGUGAAGACCAAGAGAAAUGGAAUAAGUUAAAGUCUUUGUUGCAACUUGGAAAGAAAGGUGCAUCAAUAUUGGUCACUACCAGACUUCAGAUUGUUGCAUCCAUCAUGGGAACUAAGGUUCAUCCUUUAGCACAGUUAUCUGAUGAUGACAUCUGGUCGUUGUUCAAACAACAUGCUUUUGGAGCAAAUAGAGAAGGGCGUGCAGAGCUUGUGGAAAUAGGCCAAAAGUUAGUGAGAAAAUGUGUGGGUUCACCUCUUGCUGCUAAAGUAUUGGGAAGCCUUUUGCGCUUUAAAAGCGAUGAACAUCAAUGGAUUUCUGUGGUGGAAAGUGAGUUUUGGAAUUUAGCUGAUGAUAACCAAGUCAUGUCUGCUUUGAGACUGAGCUACUUUAACUUGAAAUUGUCAUUGAGGCCAUGUUUUACUUUUUGUGCUGUUUUUCCUAAGGAUUUUAAAAUGGUGAAGGAAAAUCUCAUUCAACUUUGGAUGGCUAAUGGACUUGUUGCAUCUAGAGGAAACUUACAGAUGGAGCAUGUUGGUAAUGAGGUAUGGAAUGAAUUAUAUCAAAGGUCAUUUUUUCAAGAAGUCGAAUCAGAUUUAGCAGGUAACAUUACAUUCAAAAUGCAUGAUUUAGUCCAUGAUUUAGCUCAGUCUAUUAUGGGAGAAGAAUGUGUCUCUUGUGAUGUUUCAAAGUUGACUAAUUUGCCAAUUAGAGUUCACCAUAUCAGGCUGUUUGAUAACAAAUCAAAAGAUGACUACAUGAUUCCCUUCCAAAAUGUUGAUUCCUUGCGAACUUUCCUUGAGUAUACGCGACCUUGCAAGAAUUUAGAUGCGUUGCUAUCAAGCACUCCUCUCCGAGCUUUACGUACCAGUUCUUAUCAACUCUCGUCAUUGAAGAAUUUAAUACAUUUGAGGUACUUGGAACUUUACAGAAGUGAUAUCACAACCUUGCCUGCGUCUGUUUGUAAACUACAAAAAUUGCAAACACUUAAACUUCGAGGUUGUUGUUUUUUAUCUAGUUUUCCCAAAACAUUCACAAAAUUGCAGGACCUUCGACAUCUCAUUAUUGAAGAUUGUCCAUCAUUGAAAUCAACUCCUUUUAAAAUUGGGGAGUUAACUAGUCUCCAAACAUUGACCAAUUUCAUAGUUGAUUCAAAAAUUGGUUUUCGUUUAGCAGAGCUACACAACUUACAAUUAGGAGGCAAGUUAUACAUCAAAGGCCUUGAGAAUGUGUCAAAUGAGGAGGAUGCUAGAAAAGCUAAUUUGAUUGGCAAGAAAGACUUAAAUCGCUUAUAUUUGUCAUGGGAUGAUUCACAAGUUAGUGGUGUUCAUGCUGAGCGAGUAUUUGAUGCUCUUGAGCCCCAUUCAGGACUUAAGCAUGUUGGGGUGGAUGGUUAUAUGGGAACACAAUUUCCUCGUUGGAUGAGAAAUACUUCUAUUCUAAAAGGUUUAGUUAGUAUUAUUCUCUAUGACUGUAAAAACUGCAGGCAGCUUCCUCCAUUUGGUAAAUUACCAUGUUUAGAUAUUCUUUUUGUAUCUGGAAUGAGAGAUAUAAAGUACAUUGAUGAUGAUUUGUAUGAACCUGCGACUGAGAAGGCUCUUACGUCAUUGAAAAAGUUGACUUUGGAAGGCUUACCAAAUUUAGAGAGGGUGUUGGAAGUCGAAGGAAUAGAGAUGCUACCACAACUUUUAAAUUUAGAUAUAACAAAUGUCCCCAAACUUACAUUGCCACCCCUUCCAUCUGUUAAAUCACUUUCUGCUAAAGGAGGAAAUUAAGAGUUAUUGAAGUCCAUUGUUAACAACAGUAAUCUUAAGUCACUUUCCAUACGCAAAUUUUCUAGACUCAUGGAAUUACCUGGUACGUUUGAACUCGGCACUCUUAGUGGCUUAGAAUCUCUUACAAUUGACCGGUGUAAUGAAAUCGAGUCAUUAUCAGAGCAGUUGUUGCAAGGUUUGAGUUCUCUUAAGACACUAAAUAUUGGAGGCUGUCCACAGUUUGUUUUUCCACAUAACAUGACCAAUCUAACUUCCCUUUGUGAACUGAUUGUCUCAAGGGGUGAUGAAAAAAUACUAGAAAGCUUAGAAGACAUCCCCUCACUGCAAUCUUUGUAUCUGAAUCAUUUCCUUUCUCUAAGAUCCUUUCCAGACUGUUUGGGUGCCAUGACUUCUCUUCAAAAUUUAAAAAUUUAUAGUUUUCCAAAGUUAAGUUCACUAC